AUGGUCGCCGCGGGAGGCGCACACACGGUGCUGCUCAGGAGCGACGGCACGGCCGUGGCCUUCGGCGAGAAUCACGCCGGCCAGUGCAGCGUGCCGGCGUUGGACGGUGGCCUUAGCUACACGCAGGUCGCCGCGGGCGCGGCCCACACGGUGCUGCUCAGGAGCGACGGCACUGCCGUGGCCUUCGGCUCGAAUCUUGAGGGCCAGUGCAGCGUGCCGGCGCUGGACAGUGGCUUGAGCUAUACGCAGGUCGCCGCGGGCUUGGCCCACACGGUGCUGGUCAGGAGCGACGGCACGGCCGUGGCCUUCGGCGAGAAUCGCGAGGGCCAGUGCAGCGUGCCGGCGCUGGACGGUGGCUUGAGCUACACGCAGGUCGCCGCGGGAAACGUCCACACGGUGCUGCUCAGGAGCGACGGCACUGCCGUGGCCUUCGGCUCGAAUCACAAUGGCCGGUGCAAUGUGCCGGCGCUGGACGGUGGCCUGAGCUACACGCAGGUCGCCGCGGGAGGCUUCCACACGGUGCUGCUCAGGAGCGACGGCACGGCCGUGGCCUUCGGCUGGAAUGGUCGUGGCCAGUGCAACGUGCCGGCGCUGGACGGUGGCUUGAGCUACACGCAGGUCGCCGCCGGAGGGGCCCACGCGGUGCUGGUCAGGAGCGACGGCACGGCCGUGGCCUUCGGCUCGAAUCAAGAUGGCCAGUGCAAUGUGCCGGCGCUGGACGGUGGCCUGAGCUACACGCAGGUCGCCGCGGGAGGCUCCCACACGGUGCUGCUCAGGAGCGACGGCGCGGCCGUGGCCUUCAGCGAGAAUUACGCUGGCCAGUGCAACGUGCCAGCGCUGGACGGGGCGCCGACGUACACCGCGCGCCUGCUCGUCGGCGCGACGCUGCUCCUGCAGGCGUCGCUCGACGGCGGCGCGGUGCGCUUCCUGACCCUGGGCGGGGUGGAGCGCUGCCGGGUGCGGGCGGCGCCUGGCGCGCCGCUCGCUGGCGUGCGCGACUGGCUGGCGGGCGAGCUGGGCGCGGGCAGGCUGGGCCCCGGGCUCGGCCGCGCCGACGCGGCCCUGCCAGGCGGACGGCUCCUGAGCGGGGCUCGGCGGGCGAGACCGUCGCGACGCCUUCGGGUUGUA